GACGGGACAUCCUCCUGGUUACUCCCUGUCAUUCAUCGACAUGAUGGGACAUUCACUAACCGAGAAACUGUGGGAAAUCACAGCUCUGAUCCCAAACCCACUUUAUACAACCAGCUUUAUUGUGAACAAGGAAUCUACGGAGGCCGAGAGAGCUCCACGCUCUGCGAGUUCAGAAAACACGCGAACAGUGACAGAAACAACAAGCUGAGCACAAACACGUGUUAUAUACAGAACAGAGGGUAAAUACUUGUAUAUUUUCUGUAACUUUACCUUCGUACUUCAUAGUCUAACACUAUAAAUGUAUCUGCAGGUCAUAUUUUAAAGGUCCAGUGUGAAGGAUUUAGUUCUAUUGGCACCAAUGGAAUAAAACUUUCAUAAUUCUGUUUCCCCCCCUAACCCUAACCCAUCAUUGUGUAAACACCUGAGACUUUUAGUUUAGAAUGAGAUCUUUAAAUCUAAAUUAGCAGCAGGGUUCUCCCCCAGUGACCCAGUGACCCUCUGUCUGUGCUUCUAUAACCUGGAGGAGGUUUUCCCUGAAACUCACGCUACACAAUGAACCUUUCACACAUUGAAUCUAAAAAUACAUCAAUCAUUUGAAAUUGUGAAGUACAAUGUAAACUCUCCUAAUGACCUUCAAACCACUCAGUGAUAUCUAUGGUCCUGAAGUUAUUUCUAUAUUAAUCAUUUACUCUGAUUAAUGUUCACCUGGUUUCAGUAACUGAACAGAGGUUUAUUAUGUGUCUUCUUUAGUCCUAAUAAAUGAAGAGCAGCAGUUUGAGACCAGGACUGAACUCCGAACGCUCUUAUUUACCAUUUGUUAUGGCGUCAGUAAACGCACCACUUCUGGAUGGUAACUGAGCAUUAAAUGCUAACAGGUUAGCUUGUUGUUUUCACCGGAAACGGAAAUGUCCCUUUUGUUUCAUGUUGGGGUUGUGAAUGAAACGAGCUAACAGCCGUUAGCCUGGAUCCCGUUAGCCUGGACACUGUUAGCCUGGAUCCUGUUAGCUUAGCCUGGAUCCCGUUAGCUUAGCCUGGACCCUGUUAGCUUAGCCUGGACCCCGUUAGCCUGGGUUGUCUUCAGCCCGACUGACGGCUCUCAUGUAGCCGCCUUCCACACACAAGCUGCCGGUAAAUGAAAUCAACGGUUGGACCUUUGGUACUUUAACAACCUUCUGUUCUGUUAAAUGAAAGUGUUCAGGUCCGACUCAGUCCACAGAGCUGCACGUUUAAAACAUGAAGAUGUUCUUUUGAACAGUGUUUCCACAAACGUCUCACCUGUGGCUUUAAGGCGACGUCAUCACAGCUGUCCAAUCAGCACCAGCGCCCAACAGCCCGUCGUCCCUCUGCUGUUUCAGAGGAUGAUCAAGUUUGUGCUGAUGGUGAACCGGCAGGGUCAGACCAGGCUGUCCCGGUACUACCAGCCCGUGGAGCUGAACCGGAGGGCGGCGCUGGAGGCCGACGUGGUGCGCUGCUGCCUGAGCCGCAGGAAGGAGCAGUGCUCGUUUGUGGAGUACAAAGACUUUAAGCUGGUUUACCGUCAGUACGCCGCUCUGUACAUCGUGGUCGCAGUCACAGACGCAGAGAACGAGCUCUCCGUCUUCGAGCUGGUCCAUAACUUUGUGGAGGUUCUGGAUAAAUACUUUAGUCGAGUGAGUGAACUGGACAUCAUGUUCAACCUGGACCGAGUCCACGUCAUCCUGGACGAGAUGAUCCAGAACGGACACAUCGUGGAGACCAACAGGAGCCGAAUCCUGGCGCCGCUCACCGCCCUCGACAAGAUGGCCGACAGCUGAGACUCCACACCACAGACUGAAUAAAGAUGAACGAUGCGUUUCCACCUCAGUCUGUGACUAAACCAAACCAAACUUUGACAAACAUUGGUCCAUGUCCCAUCUGCUAACAUGGAGGUGCAGUCUAUGACCUGUACUGCUGACAGCCACCAGGGGGCGAUCCAGAUGAUUUGGCUUCACUCUUUGGGAACAGCCAUGUCGUCCAUCUUCAUUUACAGUCUGUGUUCUAGUCGUUUCAUCUGUCAUGUCGAGAACUUUUCUUCAGCCCGACGUCAGGAGGCGGAGAUCACAGGACUCACCUAAUGUACACAGAUUGAACUGCAGGGAAUCGAACCUACGACGAUUCACUCUGAAUAAAAAAAUGUACUGAUCUUGAUCUUUUGCCAAUAAAUCAAACUCUGACCUGCUG